GGGGACCAAAUCAAAACCUCGGGUUGAGCAGAGUAAAUAAUAACAUAAACAACCACAUAAAUUAGCGAAAAUAUGGCAAACCCAUACAAUCAGUUAUUAAAGCUUUUCUAAUCAAAUGGGGAACUUCAUUCCGACUGAAAUAAUAUAGGAAAUAAUACUUGAAUAAUUAUCUGGAUAAUGUUGUGCCAGAAGAUGAGCGGUCACAUUUACUUCUCUGUAGAUAUGUCGCAAAUAGCUCUUGGCUUGACUUAGAUAUGUCCGAAUAUCUACUAGAGAUGAUUUCCAUCUACCUUCGUAGCUAUUGUCGUUCAAGAGCUUCACCAAGGACUCAAUCUGUCUCUACCACGAAGACUUAAGAUUUCACUUUAUGGUCUGGUAUUACACAAUAAAUUAAAUCAUUUACUUUUAAUAAUGAAGAGGCACUCUAUUGUUUUUCUUUUACAUGGAACUACUUCCUAGGAUUUUGGUGCGGUCUGGGGCGUAGCCAAGAUAGAAGGUUGGGGUGGACCGGCACGAAGAAUUUUUUCAAAUAAAUUUUUGCGUAUAGAUUUUUACACUAAAAAUACAAAGAAUUUUCAAAUUUAGGGUGGGUUGGCGCCCGGCCGGUCCCCCUCUACCUCCGCCCAUGGAUGUGGCAACUUUGGUUCGUUCGCAGACUUCCACACAUGCUUCGUCAUUUAGGCGAUUGCAGGGGCAGAGCUCCAAAGUUAGGCACAUAUUCACGUACCCCGACACUAGCGAAGAGAUGGAACUCAACAGUAACGAAGCAAGGCAGCGGAGAAGUGCCUAUGCGUCGGUUAGGGUUGCGAGACCCGAUUUUUCGAAUCUUGGUUUGACUAUUUUGGCUUUGAUGGUGACUGAGAUGGGAGUUGCACCAACUGUUUUUUAUUCGGGUGAAAUUCUGGUGGUAUGGGUCCCAGUUAAAGAGGGUGAAUUUGGCCUCCAAUCGACUGUUGGGGGAUCAAUGCGGUUGUUUUGACUGUCUUAGCUAGUGGAGGAAGAAGAUGGUAUGUGGAUGAUCGUCCCCCUCCUGAACCGCCGCCACACAGGAAUUGUGUGACUAGGGUCUGGAAGACAACGUUUGAAUAAUGGAUUUUGCGGUUCCACCACCUGAAGUUUUUUGUUUUGGCUAUGUUAUGUUUGCUAAUCUUUAUUUUGUUUUUCAGGUCAAAUAAUAAGGGUGAUGGAUUCUUAGAUUGAUUUGCCUUAGUUGCUAGAUUUCUGUUUGCUAUGUUUUGUGAGCGAUUAGUCUCCCUCUUUUUGAGGUGGACUGCUUCAUGUCUUAAAGAAGUGAGGGGGUGAUGGGCUUAUGGUUAUGUUUGUCUAGAGGGAGGAUAGUGUCGGAAGGUUACUUUAUUGUUUGAAUUCUCAUGAUAUAUUGCGGAUUUUGAUUUAAUAUAAUAUGCCAAU